AUGGGAAUACGUCAGAACCCCUGGACACCAACAAAACGACGUGGUCCGAUUGCAGCUGAAGCCGCCAGCCCUGGUCCAGCCGUUGUGUCUUUGCCAUCACUUAUCGGCAAGCCACCGCAAGAAUCUCGUAAGAGCCGUGCACCAGCAUUCACAUUCGGGCAAAAGUUGGAUCCCGCAGGGAAGGAAAAGACAGGACCGGGCCCCGCUUCAUACAACACUGAGGGGAUGACCUCAAAAGGAAGGGCACUGGGCCCUGCGGCAUCUUUACAUGGAAGAUGGCCUCCACCGAAGUUGGCACCUACGCCCGCCCCAUGCGAUUACGAGCCCAGUAAGGCGGCGAAAGCGGUGCUUGACCACGCACCAGCGUUUUCGAUUGGCCUUCGCGUCAGUAUGCCUCAAGCUGGCAGUAAAACACCAGCUCCGAAUAUAUAUUCGAUGCCGCCGGUGCUCGGUGAGGCUCGAGAGGGAAGCAAACGGGCAGCGCCCGCCUUUAGCAUCACCGGUAGAGGAAAAGCUGUUGAGUCGAAGACGCCCUUGCCUGGCCCUGGGAGCUAUACAACGGACAAGGCCGCUACUGCGACGACGAGGAGGCAACCAGCUUAUACAAUGGCUCCAAGGAGAGAAGUUAAGCAGCCAUCUGCAUCUGUGCCUGGCCCGGGUGUUUAUUGCCCAGAAAAGGUUGAGUACCAACGUAUCGAAACUAAACAUACAUUUUCGAGUAGAAUGAAGAGUGAGCAUCGUGAGCAAAUACCCGCACCAAAUGCUUAUAACCCAGAGAAAGCUGAGCGGUUUUUAAGGGAAAAAUCUCCGGCUUUCUCAUUCCGUACUAAAUCCGUGACAGUUAAAACUGGCGACGCUCCCGCGCCAAACAUUUAUUCACCUGAAAAGUCCCUUCAUGCACUUAAAAAUGGACCAAAGUAUACCCUGGCUGGAAAGGGAUUAGCGGAGAAACAUGACACGACGCCAGCACCCAACUCAUACGAUCCCCAAAAGGCAGACAAGGUGUUGCAUGAAAAAUCACCUGCUUACACUAUGCGUUCUAAAGAAGUUAUAGAGAAGAUAGAGCAGACGCCAGCACCUAAUUUGUACGCACCAGAAAAGUCCAUUCAAGUAUUUCAUAGUACGCCUAAGUUCAGCUUAUCGGGCAAAGGUUAUUCUGCAAAAAUUGAACAAACCCCAGCUCCGAAUAGCUAUAAGCCUGAGAAAGCAGACAAAGUAUUGCACGAAAGUACUCCAUCAUAUUCCUUCAGAACCAAAGAUCACUACGUUGUGAGAAGUGAAUCACCGGCGCCAAAUGUCUAUGCGCCGGAGAAAUCUAUUCAUGCCUUAGAUAGUGCUCCUAAGUUCACGAUUAGCGGAAAAGGUCCAUCAGAAAAAAUCUCUAAUAAUCCCGCUCCAAACGUAUAUAACCUGGACAAAGCUGAUAGAUUAUUACACGAGUCAUCACCUUCUUAUUCAUUUCGCACCAAGGAAGAGAUUGUAAAAAUUAAUGAUACACCAGCACCAAAUGUCUAUGCACCUGAAAAAUCAAUUCAUAUGUUGGAUAGUUCACAUAAGUUUACGAUGGCUGGAAAAGCGCCUCCUUCAAAAAUUGAUGAUUCGCCAGCUCCUAACGCGUAUUCUCCUGAUAAAGCCGAUAAAUUACUUCAGGAAAGUACUCCGGCAUAUACAUUUCGCCUUAAGAAUAUAAUCGAAAAAGCCAGCGAUACUCCUGCCCCUAAUGUAUACGAUCCACAAUUACUUGAUGGAAGUACCAAGUUUAGCUUAUACGGAAGAGGCCUUGAUUCAAAACCGUCUGAUACACCAGCUCCAAACGCGUAUCACCCGAGGAUUGUAGACGGAUCGCCAAAGUAUACAAUGCAAGGAAAGGGACCAUCUGAAAAAUCAUCAGAUGUACCUGCACCCAAUAAUUAUGAUCCACAUUUACCAGAAGAUUCUCCUAAAUUCACUUUAGGAGGAAAAGGUCGCGACGGCAAGCCUAUGUGUACGCCAGGACCCAAUCACUAUGACCCUCAGAUACCAAAUAGUACUCCAAAAUAUACAAUGUCUGGAAAAGGCCCUGAUGGGAAAUUCCCUGAUGUUCCAGGCCCCAAUGCGUAUGAUCCUCAUUUGCAAAAUGGUACACCUAAAUUUACUAUGUUAGGAAAAGGAUUGACAUUUAAACCUUCAGAGACACCUGGACCGGCAGCUUAUGAUCCGCAUCUGCCCUUAAAUUCCCCCAGAUAUACUAUGUCUGGCAAAGGGCCUGAUUCAAAAGUAUCUGAUGUACCAGCCCCUAACGUUUAUGACCCUCAUGUAUUGGAUAACACACCUAAGUUUACAAUAGCAGGUAAAGGUAAACCAGAUAAAAUAUCUGACACUCCUGGACCGACUGCCUAUGAUCCAAAUCAGCAUAGCGAAUCCCCAAAAUACAGCUUUGGAGUGAAAGGUCCAGCCGAUAAACCUUCAAAUAACCCAUCUCCUAACGCUUAUAACCCUGAAAAGGCGGAUAACGUAAUUCACGGACAUUCUCCAGCCUUUACCUUCCGUCAAAAACCAGAGAACGGAAAGAUUCCGGAUACCCCGGCACCUAAUUGUUACAACCACGAAAAGGGAGAUAAAAUCACACAUCAGGCGGGACCAGCGUACACGUUUAGGCCAAAAAUAGAAAAUAGCAAGCUUGUUAAUAAUCCUGCCCCUAACGCCUACAAUCCUGAAACUGCAAACAAAGUGAUAUUUGAGAAGAGGCCAAUGUACUCACUAUACCCGAAAGGGAAAGAUGCUAAGACCAGUGAUUUUCCUGCCCCUAACGUGUACAGUCCAGAAAAAGCUGAUAAAAUAUUGUUGGACAAUUCACCUCGGUACUCAUUUAGGAUUAAAACGAAACCUCCGAAGCCCGACAAUGUUCCUGCGCCUAAUUCAUACAACCCGGAUAAAGCUGACAAAGUGAUGAUGCACAGCUCACCUCAGUACACAUUUAGGAUAAAAUCGGAUAACUUUAAAGUCCCUGAUACCCCAGCGCCCAACAGUUACACGAUUCCUACGCCCGUGAAGACGCCAUUGUAUACAAUAUCUGGGAGACAUAAGGAGCCGAUCGAUGAGCGUUUGAAGGUUCCAGCUCCUGGUAGUUAUGACCCAGAGAAGAGUUACAAUUUCGUUUUGACGUAUUCUCCGCAAUACACCUUUGGAGUUAAAAUACAGACAGACAAAUAUGCAGAAACACCAGCGCCCAACACAUAUCGUGUACCUUCAGUCCUGGAUUCUCCUGUGUACACAUUUGCCGGACGUCACAAAAUACCCGUUGAUGAUCGUGCCAAAGUACCAGCUCCAGGAACAUAUUCACCAGAAAAGGUUCAGUUAGACAAGUCAACAAAAAUAACAUUUGGCAUUAAACAUUCCCCAUUACUCGGACAGUUGAAACCAAUUGAGCCACGUCCUAAUGAAGUCAGAAAUACCACUAACGCCAAUUAUAACAAAUUGGAAAGGAAUGUAACAGAAACAGUAGACGGUGCCCGGAGUCAUGUUACUCAAGUGAGAUCCCACGAGAUCAGAAGUAACACAGCAACACCCGAACCCGUUCAAGAGACAUUGACCCAAGACAUCGUAUGGGUACCCGAACAAAACCAAAGGCGUGGUUCAUAUACCAUUGAGAAAGUAGAUGAAAACAAUUUCUAUGAACGUUAUGGGAAUAGUGAAGUGAUACCAGUUCAAAAUGGAGUUAUCCGCGUAUCAGACAGCGGAGAACGGGGUGCCUCUUCCAAUGAAGAACACAGCAGUGAACUGAUUAAGAAGGAAGGAUUUGUACAAAGUGUCGAUAGAAAAGUUCACAACGCUAACGCUCAUGAAAAGAGCCAAAAGGCGUCGGAAGAAGUUUAUGUGGACUCUGAUGUUAAGCAACUUCCAAAUGGAAUAUCGAAAACUACUACAACAACGACGGUGAAGAAAGUGGGUACCACUGCUAGAACAGCGAACUCUUCAACUGCUGUAACACGCACUAAAACAGCUGUAACAUCUGUUGGGACAAAGUAA